AGUAAAGAACUUUUGAUAUCCCCCCCAAUGCUAACUAAUUGAAUGAAGGUAUCUUUGCGAAAGUAAAGAACUUUUGAUAUUUCGGGGCUGCUCUUACGAAGCAGCGCCGGUACGACUACCUCUGUAUUAGGAAGGAUUCAGAAAUGGCGUUCUUGGGGAUCGAUUUCAGCUGUGCGCUCGGAUCUCUCCGCCAUGGCCACUUUCCUGAAAAGGACUGCUUGCUUCCUCUGAUCUCCAAGCUCCUCGGCUAUAUCCUCGUCGCCGCUUCCACCACCGUCAAACUCCCCCAGAUAAUGAAAAUUUUGAAGCAUGGAAGUAUCAGAGGCCUUAGUGUUCUAUCUUUUGAGCUUGAGGUAGUUGGUUACACCAUUGCUCUUGCAUAUUGUUUCAACAAGGGACUUCCGUUCUCAGCUUAUGGGGAGCUAGCCUUUAUUUUGAUUCAAGCAAUAAUUUUGGUUGCCAUAAUCUACUAUUUCUCUCAACCUGUUGGUUUGACAACAUGGGCCAGAGCACUAUUAUAUUGUGCUGUGGCACCAACCAUCUUGGCUGGUCAAAUCAAUCCCGUUCUCUUUGAAGCUUUAUAUGCAUCCCAGCAUGCAAUAUUUCUUUUUGCCAGGCUCCCUCAGAUAUGGAAAAACUUUUCUAAUAAAAGUACAGGAGAGCUCAGCUUCUUGACGUGUUUAAUGAAUUUUGGAGGCUCCUCGGUGAGAGUUUUUACCAGCCUCCAGGAAAAAGCACCACAAAGCGUUGUCUUGGGCUCAGUAAUUGGUAUGGCUACGAAUGGUAGCCUUCUGAGUCAGAUAAUCAUCUUCAGAAACAAAAAGCCAGAAGCUGGAAAAGAGAAGAAGAGGGAGUAAGAAGAAUGGGGUAUAUGUUAUACGCAAAGGUACCAGAAUCGCGGUUAGGGAGCUAGCGUUGGAAGUCCUAUUGUUGCUUAACGGGGACUUAUGUCAUCCUCAAAACUACUCUUCUAUGCUUUUAGUUUCAUUCAAGACAGAACAAGUUGCUUAUUCAAAAAAGAAAGGAAAAAAAAAAAAAGACAGAACAGGUUGCAACAGAGGUUGUUAAUGAGACCUUAGUUUUAGUCACUAAUAAGUAGAAUGGAAUAGGCUACAGUUAUCUAUCAUUUGUUUCCUGGCACGUUGGAGA